AAUUUCCAACUCAGUCCUCACCCCCUCCCUCCCUCUGUUUUCUCUCAUCUCAAGUUUUGGUUUAGUCGAACACUAGUUCCCUAGGGCUUUUCGGCAACUGAGCUUCUCAGUGACUAGUGAUCUCGUCCAUGGCGGCCGAAAAGCUUCGGGAUUUGAGUCAGCCGAUGGAUGUUGCUCUGCUCGACGCCACUGUCUCUGCUUUCUAUGGAACCGGAUCUAAAGAGGAGAGGGCUGCUGCAGAUCAUAUCUUGCGUGACUUACAACAUAACCCAGAUAUGUGGCUUCAAGUGGUCCACAUUUUAUCUAGUGCCCAGAAUCUGAACACAAAAUUUUUUGCUUUACAGGUUUUGGAAGGUGUUAUUAAGUACAGAUGGAAUGCUUUACCUGUAGAACAAAGAGAUGGCAUGAAAAACUAUAUUUCUGAUGUUAUAGUUAAGCUUUCGAGUGACGAAGUCUCUUUCCAGAGGGAGAGGCUUUAUGUCAAUAAAUUAAACAUAAUAUUGGUUCAGAUAUUGAAGCAUGAGUGGCCAGCUCGAUGGCGUAGCUUCAUACCUGAUUUGGUUGCAGCAGCAAAAUCAAGUGAAACCAUCUGCGAGAAUUGCAUGGCCAUUCUAAAACUUCUAAGUGAGGAGGUCUUCGAUUUUUCAAGGGGUGAAAUGACUCAACAGAAGAUUAAAGAGUUGAAACAAUCUUUGAACAGCGAAUUCAAGCUCAUUCACGAGUUAUGCUUGUAUGUGUUGUCUGCAUCCCAAAGAGCUGAACUCAUCAGGGCUACCUUGGCAACAUUACAUGCUUUUUUGUCCUGGAUUCCCUUGGGCUAUAUAUUUGAAUCACCACUGCUUGAAAAUCUAUUGAAAUUCUUUCCUGUGCCUGCAUAUCGCAAUCUCACUAUUCAGUGUCUGACUGAGGUUGCUGCUCUUAGUUUUGGGGACUUCUAUAAUAUGGAGUAUGCCAAAAUGUAUUCUAUAUUCAUGGUGCAAUUACAGGCAAUUGUCCCAUCGUCCACCAACUUUGUUGAGGCAUAUGCAAAUGGCAAUAGUGAGGAGCAGGCAUUUAUUCAGAAUUUGGCACUGUUUUUCACAUCAUUCUACAAGUGUCAUAUACGAGUGCUAGAGUCUGUGCAAGAGAAUAUAAAUAUACUACUAGUGGGCCUUGAGUAUCUAAUCAAUAUCUCAUAUGUGGAUGACAUUGAAGUUUUUAAGGUUUGCCUGGAUUAUUGGAAUUCUUUAGUUUCGGAGCUGUUUGAUUCUAAUCACAAUCUGGAUAGUCCUGCUGGGGUUGCACACAUGAUGGGACUGCAGAUGCCUAUGCUUCCCGGUAUGGUUGAUGGACUAGGAUCACAACUCCUGCAGAGGCGUCAACUUUAUACUGGUCCAAUGUCAAAGUUGAGAUUACUGAUGAUAUGUCGCAUGGCGAAGCCAGAAGAGGUUCUCAUUGUUGAGGAUGAAAAUGGGAAUAUAGUUCGUGAGACAAUGAAAGAUAAUGAUGUUCUAGUACAGUAUAAGAUAAUGAGGGAGACACUGAUUUACUUGGCUCAUCUUGAUCACGAGGAUACUGAAAAACAGAUGCUGACAAAGUUGGGUAAACAACUUAUUGGAGAGGAUUUUACCUGGAACAAUCUUAAUACACUCUGUUGGGCCAUUGGAUCUAUUUCUGGGUCAAUGGCAGAGGAGCAGGAAAACAGGUUUCUGGUGAUGGUAAUCCGUGAUUUGUUAAACCUUUGUGAGAUCACUAAGGGGAAGGACAAUAAAGCUGUCAUUGCCAGUAACAUAAUGUAUGUAGUUGGUCAAUACCAACGAUUUUUGAGGGCUCACUGGAAAUUCUUGAAAACUGUUGUGAACAAAUUGUUUGAAUUCAUGCAUGAGACCCACCCAGGGGUUCAGGACAUGGCAUGUGAUACAUUCUUGAAAAUUGUCCAAAAAUGCAAGCGCAAAUUUGUCAUCGUGCAGGUUGGAGAAAAAGAGCCAUUUGUUUCGGAACUAUUAACAACACUUCUGACUACUAUUGUUGAUCUUGAGCCUCACCAAAUUCAUUCCUUUUAUGAAUCUGUUGGUACUAUGAUUCAAGCAGAAACUGAUCCCCUCAGGAGAGGUGAAUACCUGCAGAAGCUGAUGGAACUUCCUAAUCAGAAAUGGACUGAAAUAAUUGGACAGGCACGCCAGAGCGUAGAUUUCUUGAAAGAUCAAGAUGUGAUCCGUGCGGUGCUUAAUAUCUUGCAGACAAAUACUAGUGUUGCUAGCUCUCUUGGGAUGUAUUUUAUGCCACAGAUUUCCAUGAUCUUUUUGGACAUGCUCAAUGUUUACAGAAUGUACAGUGAGCUUAUAUCAACCAGUAUUGCCCAAGGAGGGCCCCAUGCUUCUCGGACAUCUAUUGUGAAACUCUUACGUUCAGUCAAGAGGGAAACAUUAAAGCUCAUUGAGACAUUUUUAGAAAAAGCUGAGACAUUUACAGAUAAAGCUGAAGAUCAGCAACAUAUCGGUAAACAGUUUUUGCCUCCAAUGAUGGACCAUGUGCUCGGUGACUAUGCUCGGAAUUUGCCUGAUGCGAGAGAGUCAGAAGUUCUAUCACUAUUUGCAACUAUAAUAAAUAAGUACAAGGGAACAAUGAUUGAGAACGUUCCUCGAAUAUUUGAAUCUGUAUUCCAGUGUACUCUAGAGAUGAUAACAAAGAAUUUUGAAGACUAUCCUGAGCAUAGACUGAAGUUUUUUUCACUGCUUAGAGCUAUUGCUGCACAUUGUUUUCCUGCCCUAGUGCACUUGUCAAGUGAGCAAUUAAAACUUGUUCUAGAUUCUAUCAUUUGGGCUUUCCGGCACACUGAACGAAAUAUAGCAGAGACUGGUCUCAACCUAUUAUUGGAAAUGCUGACAAAUUUUCAGGGUUCUGAGUUUUGUAACCAGUUCCACCGGACUUACUUUUUGACAAUAGAGCAAGAGAUAUUUGCUGUUUUGACAGACACAUUCCACAAGCCGGGUUUUAAGUUGCAUGUACUGGUGCUGCAACACUUAUUCAGCCUGGUAACAGCAUUUCUCUUUUUAUUCAUUUCUGGUUGCUCCUUUUGUACCCUCUUCGUACUGGCAAACUUGUUGACUGGCAGAUCUGAUGAAGUAGAAUCAGCUGCGUUAACUGAGCCUAUAUGGGAUACUGCAACAGUUUCUUAUCCUUAUGCAAAUAAUGGCAUGUUUGUCCGUGAGUAUACCGUUAAACUUUUGAGCUCAUCGUUUCCGAACAUGACAGCAACUGAGGUUACCCAAUUUGUCAAUGGACUUUUUGAGUCAAAAGGCGAUAUUUCUUCAUUCAAAGAUCACAUACGAGAUUUUCUUGUCCAAUCAAAAGAAUUUUCAGCUCAGGACAAUAAAGAUCUUUAUGCUGAGGAAGCUGCUGCCAAGAGAGAAAAAGAGCGACAGCGCAUGCUAUCAAUUCCAGGACUCAUUGCACCCAACGAGAUACAAGACGAGAUGGUGGAUUCAUGAGCAAUGGCACAUUUUGAGCCAAGGCUAGUUUGGACUUUUAACUGAAAGUUAGGUUGGGGCACCUGAAUUCCUCAUUCAUGACAUAUUUGGGGUUUUCAUCCGUGGAUUGCCCUAAUCUGGCCGGAAAUAUAUUUCUGAAUGAAACGAGGAAGUUGUCAGGGGGUGCUGCUGAAGAAACCAAUUGCUGGUUGUAGAGCAUUCAGAACGUAAUGUUAGGAACAUGGGCAUGUCACUAGAAGCAUUUGUGAUAGGAGGGUGGGUUGUGCAGAAAAUUCUCUUUUUAGCAAUUUGUACGAAUUUAUAAAGAUCUAUUCUUUAAUGCUGCUUUGCAGUUUGUCUUGUACACUGAUUAGUGAUUUUGGUAAAUAUUUUUUACAUCUAGUAAUUUUAAAAUUAAUAACCUAAA